UAUAAAAGCCGAAAUCUGUCCGUUCGUUGGUAUCAUUCGCAUCACAAACUUGCAAGAUCGAACUACCGAUCAGCCCGAGCAACAAUGGCCUUCAAGUUCGUUGCUUUCGCCGCCUUAAUCGCAGCCGCCAAUGCCGGCGUUCUCGCACCGGCCGCGCCCUUGGCUUACGCGGCUGCGCCCGCGGUUGUUGCCGCCCCCGUUGCCAAGGCCGUUGACGCCGAUUUCGAUCCCCAUCCGCAGUACAGCUACGCGUACGAUGUGCACGACAGUUUGACCGGCGACGCCAAGAGCCAGCAGGAGACCCGCGACGGCGACGUCGUUCAGGGCAGCUACUCUCUCUUGGAAGCCGACGGUACCAGACGCAUCGUUGACUACACCGCUGAUCCAGUUAACGGAUUCAACGCGGUAGUGCGCAAAGAGCCUAUUGCUGUUGCCGCUGCGCCCCUCGCCGUGAAAACCGUCGCCGCCGCUCCCGUUGCCCACGUAGCGCACGCCGCGCCGCUCGCCUACGCCGCCGCUCCGGUUGCCAAAAUCGCCACCCCUCUGGCACACGCUGCUCCUUUUGCCUACGCCGCUCCGGUAGCUAAGUUCGCCGCCGCUCCUGCCAUUUCUUACGCCGCGCCGUUCGCCAAGGUCGCCGCCGCUCCCGCCAUCUCCUACGCCGCCCCUGCCGCCUACCUCCACUGAAUUGUGACCUGAUCGCCACUUAGGAAUGAUAUACUUGUCGAAUAAAUGUGUGUUUUCUUAGCAAGUAUAUACAAAUAGAUAAUCUUCGUUUUUAUUCUUCAUCAUUAUGCGCGGUAAUCAAAAUGUAUCUGAAAAAGUUACAAAUUCAAGAAUCGUAAAGAAGAAAAAGCGAGAGAACAAGUAGAAAGAAAAUAGAGAGAGAGAGAGAAAAGAAGAUGAUACAAUCUUGCUUUUUCGAAGAGAGUCUUGAUUGUAACUUUUUCUACAACACCAAGAAUGCUCACCUUCAUUUAAAUGUAUAUGAGUGUAUAUUUUUUAUUCAUUUAGAAUAGGAUAUGCCAUAAAUUGUGUGUGUCGCCAAUCUUGAAAUAAUCACGUCCUUCGUA